AACAGCCAGAAUAAUGAACACCAGGACAGCACCAACAGCCAGGAUGACCAGCAAGGCAGCAGCAGCAACCAGCAACAUGACAAUGCCAAUACACAGGACAGCAGCCAGGGCGCCCAGGCAGGCUCACUGGGAAAUAACGGCCCAUCCUCGCCAUCAGUUUCAUCUGUUCAUGACACUGAAGGCUCUCCAGAUGGUGACGAACUCCCUGAGGAAGAGGAUGGGGUUGGAAAUGGGAACGGUGCUGCCUUAUUUAAUAAGGAGAGAGAGAAGAGUGUUCCCAUUUCUCCGGGGCAGAAGUCAGAGAACAGCCACUUCUUCGCCUAUCUGGUGACCACGGCGAUUAUCGUCGCUGCUCUCUACGUUGCCUAUCACAACAAACGGAAGAUCAUCGCUUUUGCACUGGAAGGGAAGCGAUCCAAGGGCGGCCGGCGGCCCAAAUCCGGCGAUUAUCAGCGGCUGGAUCAGAAGAUCUAGAUUCCUCCUCAGGUAUUCAGUGGAAGAAAGGUGCUUGGUGGCGAUGAGACCGGAAUGGCGGGGCCGCGCCAGCUGGCUGCCUGCUGUAGCACUGAAUUGUAGCUUUGCUGUCGUCUUCAGACCUCGGAGAGCAGGAGGAAGGGGAAAUGCUUUUACUUUUGCACCUGCACCUUGGUAAUGUUUGAUUCUCACUUCAUAAAAAUGUGUUUCUCCUUUCUCAACUACCUGAACCGGUUUCCGCUUGGGUGCCUGGCUUCUAGACGUGGCCCAAGAGAAGCCAGCUCUGGCACUUGACAGAACUUUUGUGUCCAAAUGAAAUGGGCCUUUCCAUCUGCUGUACCGACGUCUCCUCUUGAAAACAAAUCCGCCUGCAAAAUGAGCCACGUGAUUCCUUUCAGUCACGGAGCUGCUGUGAGCAGCGCUGUCCUGCUGGAGGCACGGACGUUCUCUUUCUCUGUCCAUUGUAUUUGGAUGCUAAAGUUGGAGCGUGAUUGCACUAGCUUGGAAAUGAUCUGCCAAGGACUCUGGCUUUGUUUCUUUUCUUCCUCUCCGUGAUGAAGGCAAUGUUCGCUUCACGUCUCACUCCUCGCUCAAUGCAUUUAACGGAGCUGCCUUCGACCCUCGGUUCUGUCUUAGACUCCCUCACUUGCCCUGUGGCAGUUGUGCUCCGUGUGGCUCUGUUCCCUCGUGGUCCUCGCAGCUGAGAUGCUUGCACUAAUGAGGACAAUUAGUUUGAUGCUGUGAAAGCGAGCCGCUCAGGCUUAUGAGGUUCUGUGCCAAACAGCUGCAGCGAUGGAGCGAAUUUCACCUCCAAGGAUGACUGCGUUCCCUGUUGUUAAAAUGUCAUCGUGAUGAUGCAGAGUGGUUGACAGUCCUGAAGCAUUUGGGAUGAAUGAAACUCACAGUCAUUCAAACCUCUUCCUCUCCUUCAGUGCUGAGCUCUGCAGCAGGAGAGGCGCAGCUCCUGCUGUGAGCAGAAGGUUUGUCCUGCAGCUCCCAAACCCCUCUCUCCUCUCCUGCUGCUCUGUGCUCCCCUGCUUUGGGAGGUUUCAUGUGGUUGAUGUUCACCUCACCAGCAGCUUAUUGCUGUUUUCUCAGCUUUGCUGUGGGACACUGAAAUGAGGGCCGGGGAUGGACUAGCACUGGUUGUAUUGAAGGCUGCAAAACAUGUUGAUUCCUGAGCUGUUUUGCUGGUCUUAUUUUUGUAGUUCUGCUCCAAAGAUGUUUUACUUGAGACAGGGCGCUUCUGAAGGAUGUGUGUAAAGUGCCUGCCUGGCUUCUUUCUUUCUUUGUUUUUCCUAAUGGGCAGAAAGUGACAGCUGUGGCUCAUGGAGGGCUCUUCACAUGGGUGCUCAUCCCCCCCAGAGCUGCACAGAGGAGUCCUGUCCCCACUGUGAGGCCGGGGGGGGGCUGCCUGUCCCCAGCCCUGCACCAAGGGUGAGCCGCCCACAGCUGCGGGGUGACGAGGGCAGGAAGUUCCCUUGUCUGGCCAUGAAGGCUACAGCUGUGUUCUGAUUUCCCAGCACAGAGGGAGAGAGGGAGAAAGCCCCUCUUGCCUCGGACCUCUGGGAACGACUCCUAGGGCUUCUUUUCCCUUCUUAAUGCUGUUAGGAUUUGUGCCACGUGUUUCAAACCGCUCAAGGAGCGCGAAGCCUUUUCCCUUUGGCCGUGGCACGUCCCUGAAUGGUGGUGUCUGUGGGGAUGGUGUCUGUGGGUACGUGUUUCCUCCAGGUGGGGCUGCUCCUGGGCCCACUGCCUUGCUGGUGCAAAGCAGUGCAGUUUGUUUCCUGCUGCAGUGCAACGCGACUUGCUUUGAAGGACCAGAAUUUUUAUAUUGCUUUGUACUUUUUUUUUUUUUCCCCUGUGUGGUAAAGUCAAUAAAUGGUUUAAAAAAAUA